CGGAGAAGGGAGAAAGUCUCACAGAGACACCCCCAGAAUCCCGGGGCUGACCAGUGACUGCGGACCCAAGGUGGAGGGAACCAAGACAAGAGAAAGAAGCUGCUCAGCCCCCCUCCCCUUCUGAGGAUGUUGUAGUGCUCCCUCUCUCUCUCUCGCUCCCUCUUUCAUUCUGGCGGAGCCGUGGACAGGACUGGAGGCUAGUGUUGAGUGUCUGCGGAAAAAGAGAGACUGGAGAGAAAAGAGAGGAGAGCAGAAAAUAAGAGAGAGCAGGAAGAGAGGAGCUCCAUAGCAGCUGUGUCUGGAUAUCUCUUUAAUAUUUGAAGCAUCCAGCGCCACCUUCACUCUUCACACCGGACCCCCAUCACCCUGUCCUCACCUGGGGGACAUAUGUACAACACAGAGGGUCUACCGCCCCGGACCGCCGCACAGGGAGCCAUGUGAGCCCUCCUCGAGCUGAAGAACCCCCCCCCACCCCGCCCCCCCGAAUCGGUGCUCCGAAUCAAGAUCGAAACCUGCUAAUCUUUCCCCCGCCUUAAAACACCCUCCGGCGUCUGUGGAUCUUCCCAGGACGGGAGGCACUGCCGGUUCUCUGCGUGCCCAGCUGGGAGACACUUUUCCCUGGGCAAGUGUGGGGUGUCCGCCCCGUCUUGGGCUGGAGGCCACCGCUCCAGCACCAUGGAUUACCUACCUGGGAUUGUACUGCUGCUAGUGUGCUGCGAGGCGGUGGUGCCGGGACAGGGGGAGCCCAAGCACAGCGUCCCCAGGCUAAAGCUCUCUCACCGGGAGAUGUUAGAGUCCAGUAACCUCAUCACCUUCAACGGCCUCGCCAACAGCUCCGGAUACGACACGUUCUUAUUGGACGAGGAGAGAGGAAGGUUAUUGGUGGGCGCCGAGGAUCACAUCUUCUCCUUCGACCUGGUCAAUCUCAACAGAGAUCAUAAACAGAUCGCAUGGCCAGCAACGCCUUCAAAACGGGAUGAGUGCAAGUGGGCUGGGAAAGACCUUGGGAAAGAGUGUUCAAACUUCAUCCGAGUUCUCCAGCCUUACAACGCAACCCACCUGUACAUCUGUGGCACAGGGGCCUUCCACCCUAUCUGUGCCUACUUGGAGAUGGGAAAACGGGCAGAGGACAACGUCUUUCGCCUGGAGACUUCCCACUUUGAGAACGGCCGCGGAAAAAGUCCCUACGACCCCAAGAUGCUCUCCGCUUCCAUUCUGAUUGAUGGGGAGUUGUACUCUGGCACGUCGGCUGACUUCAUGGGGAGGGACUUUGCCAUCUUCCGAACUCUCGGGGAGCAUCACCCCAUCAGAACAGAGCAGCACGACUCCAGAUGGCUCAAUGACCCCAGGUUUGUAGGUGUGAACCUCAUCCCGGAGAGUGACAACCCAGAGGACGACAAGAUCUUCCUGUUCUUCAAAGAGAACGCCAUGGACGGAGAACACACUGGCAAGGCCACCAUCGCCCGGAUUGGACAACUGUGUAAGAAUGACCUGGGAGGUCACAGGAGCCUGGUCAACAAGUGGACCACCUUCCUCAAGGCCAGACUGACCUGUUCAGUGCCAGGGCUCAACGGCAUCGAUACACACUUUGAUGAACUGCAGGAUGUCUUUCUGAUGAGCUCCAAGGACCCUAAGAACCCAGUUAUCUAUGCUGUUUUCACGACAUCUAGCAACAUUUUUAAAGGAUCAGCAGUGUGUAUGUACAGCAUGGCAGACAUCAGGCGGGUCUUCCUGGGUCCGUAUGCCCAUCGGGACGGACCGACCUACCAGUGGGUGCCCUUCCAGGGGCGGGUUCCCUAUCCCCGUCCUGGCACGUGCCCCAGCAAAACCUUCGGGGGCUUCGACUCCACCAAAGACCUCCCAGAUGAUGUGAUCACCUUUGCACGGGGUCACCCGGCCAUGUUUAACCCCGUUCACCCCAUCGGGGGGCGUCCGAUCGUGGUUCGGACCGACGUGGACUACCAGUUCUCACAGCUGGUGGUGGAUAAGGUGGAGGCAGAGGAUGGACAAUACGAAGUCAUGUUCAUUGGCACAGACAUGGGCACAGUACUGAAGGUGGUUACCAUCCCCAGAGAAAGCUGGCACGACCUGGAAGAGGUGGUCCUGGAGGAGAUGACCGUGUUCAGUGAACCCACCCCCAUCACGGCGAUGGAGCUGUCCACCAAGCAGCAACAGUUGUACCUGGGCUCUGCCCUGGGGAUUUCCCAGAUGCCUUUGCACCGCUGCGAAGUGUACGGGAAGGCGUGCGCCGAGUGCUGUCUGGCCCGGGACCCUUACUGCGCGUGGGACGGCACCGAGUGUUCCCGCUACUUUCCCACCGCCAAGAGGAGAACAAGGCGCCAAGACAUCAGAAAUGGAGACCCACUCUCUCAGUGCUCUGAUCUACAGCAUCAUGAUGACGUGGAUGGGCUUGGGCACGUGGAGGACAGGAGUGUGUACGGAGUGGAGAACAGCAGCAUGUUCCUGGAGUGCAGCCCCAAGUCCCAGAGAGCCCUCGUUUACUGGCAGCUUCAAAGACCCAACGAGGAGCGUAAACAUGAGAUCAAGUCAGAAGACAGGGUGAUACGAACCGAGCAGGGCCUCCUCAUCCGCAGCCUGGACCAGGCCGACUCGGGCGUCUACACCUGCCACGCCGUGGAGCACGGCUUCAUCCAGCCCCUCCUCCGCCUCUCCCUCCAGGUCAUCCCCAUGCAGAGGCUGGGCGAGCUGCUACCCGGCGGGCCUCACGGUGUCGCCGGUGGCCCUGGCCGCGCGGGUGGCGGGUCGGUCGGCGCCGGUCACUCCACGAAACACAAGCUCUGGUAUCGGGACUUCCUGUCCCUGCUUGACCACCCGGACCUGAACAGCGUGGAGGAGUUCUGUGAGCGCGUGUGGCGGAAGGAGCGCAAGCAGCGGCGCCUGAAGAACCCCGCCGCCACCGCCAACGGCCAGGGUCAGACGAGGCCGGACGGCGGGGCUCCGAGCUCGGGCCUGAAGCCUAAAAGUGUUCCGCCCGGCGCUCCCAAUGCCCAGAAGCAGCAGAGCGGGCCUCCCAUGGUGCAGCAACAGGCCCAGACCCAGACCCACGGAUACCAGAGGGCCCAGGCCACUCCCGCCGCUCCCAACUCCCAAAGCCCCCAGAAGGGCCAGGACGCUUUGGUGGGAGGCCAGGGUGGGACCCAGGUGCCCAGUGUGGGCGCCCGAGGCGGAUCCCAGCACGCGGCUAAGUGGAGGCGGAUGCAGGAGAACAAGAAGGGGCGUAACAGGAGGACCCAUGAGCAGCAGAGACCCCCGAGGAGUGUCUGAGAUGGCCACAGUGACGCACACACACCAGUUCACACACACACACACACACACACCCGUGCAGACAUACAUGAUCAAACACACACUGUACAUCUAAACAUAGACCUGAUAUCCCAUACAGUUACAGGAAGAGAAUGACACUCAGUGCAUAGCCAUGGAUGUGUGCUCUCGGCCACCAAGAUAAUGUGCAGUGAGAGAAAGACAGUCCUAAUGGAAUAAAUAAAUACAUACACCUUAAAAAUACACACACACACACCCUGUGAAGACUUGGAGAAGACUGCCGACGACAAUAAAGACUGAGGCUAAACUGGAAUUGUAUAUGUACUGUACAUGCUAGCCGUCUGGAUUUAAAGGCCCGGGGGGUACAAUGUUACAUGCUGCGAGGUAUUGUUUAGUCUAGGUCCCUGGUGCAAUAGGGACCGACUUGCCCGUCUGUUCAUGUGCUAUUUCCUUGUUGGACUAGGAUGUGAUUGAAAACAUACUUGUUUUAGCGAUGGGGAUGCAUUUAGUAUAUACAGAGCUCUGUGCAAGUCUGGACAAUGGCUCAAUGCAUGGAUGCAAGACAAGGCAGAACACACUUCAGAGUUCAGAAGGGAUGGAGACUUCAGAGUUCAGAAGGGAUGGAGACUUCAGAGUUCAGAAGGGAUGGAGACUUCAGAGUUCAGAAGGGAUGGAGACUUCAGAGUUCAGAAGGGAUGGAGACUUCAGAGUUCAGAAGGGAUGGAGACUUCAGAGUUCAGAAGGGAUGGAGACUUCAGAGUUCAGAAGGGAUGGAGACUUCAGAGUUCAGAAGGGAUGGAGACUUCAGAGUUCAGGAGGGAUGGAGACUUCAGAGUUCAGAAGGGAUGGAGACUUCAGAGUUCAGAAGGGAUGGAGACUUCAGAGUUCAGGAGGGAUGGAGACUUCAGAGUUCAGGAGGGAUGGAGACUUCAGAGUUCAGAAGGGAUGGAGACUUCAGAGUUCAGAAGGGAUGGAGACUUCAGAGUUCAGAAGGGAUGGAGACUUCAGAGUUCAGAAGGGAUGGAGACUUCAGAGUUCAGAAGGGAUGCCACUGCACCCAUCAAUCGCCUUGACAUGAUCAUGACUAAGGGAAAAUGACGCACCAUAUUUUGAGACUGGCUGAACAAUAUGGAGAUGAAGAAUAAUUAGCCUGGUCAAUUGCAAACUACGACAGAAACACUGUCCAUUUCAGAGAGUGAACUACAAUUCUCCAAUAACCAUUUGGUGACUUAAGUUUCUUGAACUGAUUCGAUUCUCACUGACUCUCACGAAUGAGCAAUUUAUGCCUAGACCUUGACUGUAUUGGUCAUAUAUUAAAUGGGGCACAUUUAACCCCUCCUCAUUGUUUGUAGUUCAAUAACAGCAUUAUUCAAUAUAAAAUUACAAAAUCAACAAUAGCCUGUGGUCUGUGCAGAAAAGUCAAGCUUCUCUUCGUCCAAAGGCUAGAAAAGCAAUGUGCAUGUCGUAGUUGAUCGAUGUUCAUGAUUUGAAUAAGCUAUUUCUCGACAGUUACUUUUCAAUGUAAUUUCAUCAAGGUUUUUCUUUUUACUUAAAGGAGUCCUAUCUUAAAAAAUUAUGUUCAUUUGAUAUUUACCUCUCUCUCCCUACAAACCACUGCAUCAUUGUCAGGGUGAAAAAAAAACUGUAGUAGAAUUUCUGACUUACCCCUUUAAGUUAUUUUGUUUCUUUGCUCUUUCCCCCAGAGUUUGCAGAGUGUGAAAGUAUAAUUCCAGUUGUAUGUUAGUGCUUAGUCUGGAAAGCAGGCUGCCUAUUGAUUGUGUACAUAUAUAGAACAACAAAACUACUUUUUGUGUAUGUACAUAUAUACAACCAGAACACCACUUGAUUAUUUAUUUCUCAUUGUUUUGUGAAAGGGUUGAAUUUAUUUUUUAUAUUAUGGUAUUUUGCCUCAUCAAUAAUCAAGAAAAAUGGUGACACUAUCGUUGAUAAAAACAGAUGGACCAAUAAGGACGGACUUCCUCUGUCUUUUUACGGGGCGUGUUUCGGCAGGAAACCACAGUAUCCAGGGGUUCUACGCUUACCUGCGUCGCAAGGUGCAUGUGUGCGGCUAAAUUUAGGGCCAUACGGAAAAAAUGUAGGUGCACAAUGAAAGACAUUGGAUUUACUAGAGCUAUAACCCUUAAUUCAUCUAAGUGCACUCGUGUGGCGUAGGAAAGACGCUGUGCUCACACAGCAACAUAUUUGGGUGGAUAAGGAGGAGUUAGGGUGUUCUGUAGAGCCCUGGUGUCCCCGUACGCUGGGGAGUGUUGCGUGAUUUGCAGUAUCCUGAGCGAGACCCUUCAGAAUGACAAGCACAAGUUUCUCUUUUUCUAGGUGUCUGUCCCUUUUGUCUUUUCAUAAACAGGAGAUUUUUCUAUACCCGGGAGGUUUUUCCUUUUAGCGAUCAAAACCCAUCCACAAUUUUAAUUCGCUCAUCCCAAAUGCUCAUUGUGUGUAAGAUACUGUAACACUACCCAGAACCUGAAAAACAUUAGGUGUACAUUUCUAUGUAAGAACUAGUAAGGAAAACAUUAAAAUCUAAACCUAGUCUCAGGAGAAGACGCUGAGUAAAAACUGCAUGUGAAUGCUUCCUAAGAGCAUCUUUUGUAUUGUCUCUUAAUGUUUUGUGUGAGAGGUAAAGUCCUAUAUGCAAGAUGUGUAAGAGAGAUGUGAAUAUUCGUCCUAUUUGCCAAAACAACGAUGCCAACAUGUACCAGGGGCAUAUUCGCUAGUAAACAAACUAAAGCAAACAGUUUGACAUGUUUUUGCUACGUUGUGUGCUAAUGAAUAGAACCCGUCAUCACUACUCCAAACCCAAAUGUUAUACUUUUCAUACAAAAUGUUUCCCUCCUUUAGUAGGCUAUACAACACGUGAUGUGUCAACAGCAGAUAAAAAGGUUUCCUGGAGGUUUGCGGUAUGUUUCCAGACUCUCUCUGAUGGUGUGUAGGGUGGGUGAAGAGAGUAGAGUUAAAACUGCUGUAACAUGGUUCUUUCUGGCAUGCGUUCAGUUGUCUAAUUAAACAUUUCCUGUAAAACCCA